UUUAACAAUUCCACAAUUUUAUCAAAUUCUGUGUGUUUUCUUUUCGUAGGACUGGACUCAGCAGUGAGACAUAUUGAACAGAAAACAAAGAUAUGCUGCCGUGUUUCUGUAAAAAACCAAGAUAAAGCUGGAUAGCAUAAUGAGUUCCCCUGCAAAUAUCUAUGUCUUUACUUGUGCCUUUGCAUUCACACUAUGGAAUAAUAUCCAGCCAGCUGUAGAAAAGGAAUUUAUUGCAAAUUGUUCAAGCAGUUUGCUAACUAAUGUUCCAAAAAACAUUCCAGUCCAUACUCAGGUAUUAGAUUUAUCAUAUAAUAGGAUCUCUGGACUUAGUCGCUCAGAAUUUAUGUAUCUUUCUGACCUUCAGGUGUUAAAUCUUUCUCAUAAUCUAAUUACAGUGCUUGACUUUAGUGUCUUUGUUUUUAAUGAAAAUUUAGAAUACUUGGACCUAUCUCACAAUAACAUUUCAAAAGUUUGCUGCCUAACUCUUGAGUAUCUUAGACAUUUAGAUCUUUCUUUCAAUAAGUUUACUACCCUGCUCCUCUGUCAGGAAUUUGGGAACAUGUUUCGUUUGGAGUACCUUGGAUUAAGUGCUAUGAUGAUACGAAGGUCAGACUUCAGGUAUAUCAAACAUUUGCAGCUGCACACUGUUUUCCUAACCUUGGAAAACUUUUCAUUGUAUGAGCCUCAGAGUCUGACAGUCCUGAAUACAAGGAACCUCCACAUUGCUUUUGCAGAAAACCAAAACUUCAGUUUUCCUCUCUUGUAUGAUGGGAUGAGCACUUCAGAAAACUUAGAAAUAGUUAACAUAAGGUAUUCUUUGAGCUACAAAUAUUUUCCCUCUCAUCUUUUAAUGCUUACAAAGAAAAUCAAGACAACAGAUCUCAUGCUUGACACUGUGGAUUUACAAUGGGCUAUGAUUCUGCAAAUUUUCCUGUUUAUUUGGCAUUCACCUGUGGAACAUUUAACUGUGAGAAAUUUGACUUUUCGGGGACCAGUGGAGGAGUUCACUGAACAUGAAUUUCUACCCUCAUUAAGAUCUCUGGGACAAAUAAUCUCUUUGGAUGGAUCCAUGAAAGCAUUAACUUUAGAGCAUGUUCAUAAUAAGGUUUAUUAUUUCAACCAGGAGAUUCUAUACAGACAGUUUUCAGAGAUGAAUAUUGCCAGUUUGACAAUAUAUGAUGCAUAUAUGCCACACAUGCUUUGCCCCAAUAGAACAAGCUCAUUUCAGUAUUUAAAUUUUUCUCACAAUGCCCUGACAGAUGAGUUGUUCCAGAAUUGUGGCACCCUGAUGGAUCUGAAAAUACUUAUUUUGCAGAAGAAUAAAUUUGAGAGCCUUCYCAAGGUAAGCUUCAUGACCAGCCCUAUGAAAUCACUGAAAUACCUGGACGUGAGCAACAAUCUGCUGCGCCAUGAUGGAGCUGAUGUGCAGUGCCAGUGGGCUGAGUCUCUGACAGAGCUGGACCUGUCCUCAAAUCAGUUGGUGGAUGCUGUGUUUGAGUGCUUGCCAGUCAACAUCAAAAAACUCAGCCUACGGAACAAUCAGAUCAGCAAUGUCCCCAGGGGGGUGGCGGAGCUGAAGUCCUUGGAAGAGCUGAACCUGGCGUCGAACAGGCUGGCUGACCUGCCGGGAUGCGGUGGCUUUCCGUCCCUGCAGCUCCUGAACGUGGAGAUGAACUCGAUCCUGAGCCCGUCUGCCCACUUCUUCCAGAGCUGCCCAAGGGUCAGGGAGCUGCAGGCCGGGCACAACCCGUUCAAGUGUUCCUGUGAGCUGCAGGACUUUAUCCGGCUGGAGAGGCGGUCAGGGGGGAGGCUGUUUGGCUGGCCRGCGGCGUACGUGUGCGAGUACCCGGAAGGCUUGCGAGGAACGGAGCUCAAGGACUUCCACCUGAGCCAACUGGCUUGCAACACGACGCUGCUGCUGGUGACGGCUCUGCUGCUGACGCUGGUGCUGGUGGCCGUGGUGGCCUUUCUGUGCAUCUACCUGGACGUGCCGUGGUACGUGCGGAUGAUGUGGCAGUGGACGCAGACCAAGCGCAGAGCUUGGCACAGCCCCGCCGGAGAGGAGGGCACCGCUCUGCAGUUCCACGCGUUCAUUUCCUACAGCGAGCGCGAUUCGGUGUGGGUGAAGAACGAGCUGAUCCCGAACCUGGAGAAGGGGGAGAGCUGCAUACAGCUGUGCCAGCACGAGAGGAACUUUAUUCCUGGCAAGAGCAUUGUGGAGAACAUCAUUAACUGCAUUGAGAAGAGCUUCAAGUCGAUCUUUGUGUUGUCUCCCAACUUUGUGCAGAGUGAGUGGUGUCACUAUGAGCUGUACUUUGCCCAUCACAAGUUAUUCAGUGAGACUUCCAACAGCUUAAUUCUCAUCUUGCUGGAGCCAAUCCCUCCGUACGUUAUCCCURCCAGGUAUCACAAGCUGAAGGCUCUCAUGGCAAAGCGCACCUACCUGGAGUGGCCGAAGGAGAGGAGCAAGCGUGCCCUGUUCUGGGCUAACCUGAGGGCAGCCAUCAGCGUUAACCUGCCAACUUCCCAUGAAGCAAAUGAGGAGGAGAGUGAUGUUACAUCUACUAGUAGUAUAAGUUAUGUGAAUAACUGACUUGACCAUUUUGCAUGAAACUCUGUUAAUACUUUYUUCUAGUUUUUUACUAUAUUCCUAGUUUGUUGCAAAAUGUAAUUGUGAUACACACAGAAAUUGYAAUUGCUUAUUCUAGUCAUCCAGGUAUUCAGAAAUCAUCUGUAACUGCCCAUCAUUGACAAAGAAGAGAGAGACAUUUUCACAGUGAUUGAGCUUAAAUGUGUGGAACUGCAUUUAUUUUGGACUUCUCCCAUUGAAAGCUAUAUUUGAAAGUAUAAAGAACAGUGGUUGGUUCCAUGUCAUCAGGCUGCCAAAGCAUACAUUUAAUCUUUCUUCUGACAUGGAUGUUGUGGGAUUGAGAAUGUAGGGAUCUGCUUUCUUUGAUUUAAUUAAUUAACACAARGAAGAAAAAAGCUCUUGUUUGAAUCUCAUCCUGUACAUUGGUAUAGUAGAUGUCAAGGGUACAGUAUGUGCAGACCUUUAUCCUGUUUUCCCAUGCUGGAAGUCUUUCCCUUCAUCACAGA